AUGGGGCGCGGCUUGUCGGCGGGCCCUUCGCCGCUGGAGCGGCGGGGCGGGGCGGCGGCGGCGGCGCGCCGCGAGGGCGAGCGGCCGCGCGAGGGCGAGCGGGAGCCGCUGGAGCGGGAGGUGCCGCUGCUGGAGCUCGUGCCCGAGGAGCUGGAGGAGCCGCUGGAGCUUGAGCUGCCGCUGGCUGAGGAGGAGCCCGAAGACCGCGAGGCCGGCAUGGUGGUGGCCAAGGACGCAGGCGCCGACAUCACGCUCGGCUGCUCCCAGGGCUCGUGCGGGGUGUGCGAGGUGGAAGUGUACAAGUACAGCGGCGGCGGCGGGGAGCCGUCGGUGGGUGUGGUGCGGGCGUGCAUCGCGGGCGUGCCGCCGGGCUACCAGCGGCUGGAGGUGAAGGAGGUGCCACAGGACGACAUAUGGGGCGUGGAUGGCUUUGACACGUAG